GCUUUUUCGAGAAAAAAAAUUAUGCUCUUCUGCAAUUCACACCACACGUCCACCGCGCUCCGACGUGAACGAAGAUACAACAACAACGAUACAUCUUUAUUGUAUUGCAGAGAGUCCAAUUGAAAGAUCCUGCAUAGUGAAUAUUUCACACAACAAAAUAAAACCACGCCGACCGCAAUUGUCCCGCGAACGAGACACAAUUCUAUGCUCCGGACUCGAUGUACAGUUCGAAAUUCAACGGUUUAGAGGCAUCGAUCAAGUUCCAACGAGAACUCCAAUUUCUUUUGCAAUAUACACAGAUUUUUACUACAAAUUUAAGAGGAAGCUGAGGCGGAAAGCAAGAUACAACCUAUACUUGGAAACAUAUCACCUUCACCUACAAUAUCGAACAUCAACACAAUAUCAGAAGAGACUUAUAACCGACAUAAGUUGGACUCCUUAGCAAAACUGAGUCCUUUUGAAAUUUGGUUAGCCAAUCGAGCUGUGUUGUCGUCGUUCACAAUACACGCUUGCGUCGAGAAAUAGAAAGACAAUAAGCGCACCGUCAAAAUUACCCUAUCGUUGAAAAUUAGCAAUUUGACCGCGUUUUACGGCCACCUACCCAACCAAGAAGACAAUAGAGGAUUGACUUUCUCCAAAAUGGAGACUAAAAUUUUGAAGAUGUACAAAACACCUCUGUUUCCAUCAUUCGAUUCCUCAAAUACUCCGGCAUACAACUAUACGGGUGCAUUCAAGUACAACCCAAGGUCACUCCUCAUGAAGAACCCACGUCAAAACAGGCUGUACGCACAGUACUUCGCUCAAUCAAAGAAUUAUAGAAGGAGAUCUGUGCGUAAUAGGAAAAUGUCAUCUCCCGCAAGAUCAGCAUCCUCUUCUACUUCGAGCUCGAAAUCAUCGGUUUCUCCACCACCAUCAACCAGAUCUUCUAUCUCUCAUCCCGCAGCAAAAUCCAAUUCUCGUUCAAAAGCGUCUGUUUCACCCCCGAGAAAGAUAUCUGCUUCUCCUCCACCAAUUAAAGCAGCUGAAACUACUGCUCACGUCAAGAAAGUUGACCCUCCGUCACCAGAGGCAUUUGCUUCUGUUCCUUGUUCAAUAACUUCUGUUUUUCCCCGGGAAAAUCCAUUUUCACCCUCAUUUUUGUCAAGGAACCCUGAAUAUAUAGCUACUUCAUCUGUUUCUUCUCUUCCAGUAAUGGGAUCUCAAAUCACACAUCUUUCAUUUGUUUCUUCCACCUCUUCAAAAUUACCACCAUCUCCAACCCCUUCAUCCGCUGUCUCGGCUAGCGCAAGGACCCCUCUACCUUCGUCUUCAUCGCCCGCUAUUAAUGAGAUACCACUGCCCUCGCCUCCAACAUCUGCAGUCUCAGCUCCCUCGGAGCCAGCCGUCUCCUUACUAAACAAACCACGUCCAGAUGAUAAGAAUGAGAUAACCACAAAACUUGAUCCUCUUAAGGAAGCACCUUCCGAGGCGAAGAAGAACCAUAUCACUAUCAAAAGUGUUGACCCAUUGAAGUCUUACUCUGUUGCUAAAGACGAAAAGAUUGUUGCCAAAAGUGGCGUCCCCAAGAGAUUACGGCCAGAUGAUGAGAAUGAAGGAACUGCUGCUCGGAGCGAAUCACUAAAGAAACGACGAAUUGCCAAAGCCUCAAAGGUCGCUACCGAGAAAGCUACUACUCCCAAGCCGGUUGCAAAGCUCUCGAAAGAAGAAUUGGAGAAGGCACGCAGUGACUCUUUAAGAAAGCGAAGAUACUUGGCCUCAAAAGUACGCAAUGACUCAUCACGCAUGCCAUCAAAUGCACAGAGGGGGUUGUCCAACGUUACUGGAUAUGCGUGCUACAGAAAUAGUCUGUUACAAGGACUUCUACAUCUUCCAAAAUUCUUCAAUUUCUUAAUUGACCAACAUCCUGUGGAAACUUGCGAGAUAUCCAAAAGAGAUUGUUUGGCCUGUUCUCUUAGCCUUCUCUCUUCAAAGUAUUGGGCCGUUGAUGUUCCUUCCAAGGAUAUCACGCCAAUUCUGAGAAAACUCGAGGUUCAGUGCAAGCGUCUUGGGUGGUAUCCUGGACCCUCUGGUCAAGGUGAUCCCCAUGAGCAAAUUACCUGGAUGUUGGAAAAGAUUGAGAAACAGAUCAAGGCGUCGAGCGUUGCCAGUAUGCAGUCGAUAAUGCAGCUUGUUCUGAGCAGCAGAAUCAAAUGCGAUCACUGUAACAACGUCUCUGUGGGUGACUUACAAGAUGAACUAGCCUUAUCCAUACCCCUCAAGCCGCGUAUCCGAAAUGGCUCUGUUUCCUCGUACUUACACAAGUACUUGGAUGAGACCAUUGAAGGUUACAAGUGCGAGAAGUGUAAGGUAACGGGGGACGUUCAUCGCGUACAGUCGAUCAGUCACGCACCAGAUAUCUUGUUCGUCCAGCUUAAACGGUUUGGUUAUGACGGAAGAAAGGAUAAGCUUGCUAUUCCGAUCGACCAUACCCUCGACCUCAGUCCUUAUCGCGACCCUAGUGGAAGCAAGGACUCCAUGGAGUACGAGCUUGUAGCAUCUGUUUCGCACUCUGGUAGCCUCGACUACGGACAUUACACCUGUGAUGCUCGUGGACCCGAUGGUCGCUGGAGUUGCUUUAACGAUGCACAUUACAAUGCUACGACUUUGGCAAAGGCUUUGGGGGGUAACCAACCGUAUAUGCUGCUCUACCAACGCAAACAGACUUAAUUGUCGAUCUGAGUUCGUAUGCUAGCCGCUUUGGAGCGCGCUAGAUCCCUCUAAGUUUGCGUUUGGAUAGAAAACAUCAGUUCUUGGUCAUUCUGCGAGUAGUCGCUUUGUUGGCCUGGGUGUCCCUGCCUCAAACCUUUCUUGAAAUGAUGAGAAAGAGUCGGCGAUGGGUUGUUGCGCUCUUCCAGAUCUAAAUAAUGGAGUUUAGCUCCCUAUUAUAAUUUGGAUGUAUGCUGCGCUGGAGUUAUUUUAUAGAUUAUGGUUGGAUUAUUUUGUGAUUCCUACUUUGUGGUUCCACGGAGUUUGGGGUUAUGUUGAGAGAAAGAGAUACCUCCUCGGCAGUUUAAGGUGGCGUUAAUAGCGCACGAUACCAACUUUAUUUCUAUCUACAUCACGAUUUAAUAGGAUGAAAAUGUUUGAACUUUA